AUGUCGACAGUCAGCGCCCUGCCUUUCCUGAAAUCUAGCCUCCUAAUGCGCCCUCCCAUGGGUUCCCACUCCCCCAGGCGCGGGCGUCGCCACACACUCCCGGCCAGCGAGUUCCGUUGCCUCAGCCCGGAGGACGCAAUCAGCGUGUUUGAGAUCGAGAGAGAGGCCUUCAUCUCUGUGUCUGGAGAGUGUCCGCUCCACUUGGAUGAGGUGUGUCACUUCCUGACGCUGUGCCCUGAGCUGUCUCUGGGCUGGUUUGAGGAGGGACGCCUCGUUGCCUUCAUCAUAGGAUCACUGUGGGACCAGGAGAAACUAGCCAUGGACGCUCUCACCCUCCACAAGCCCCAUGGCUCCACGGUCCACCUCCAUGUGCUUGCUGUCCACCGCACCUUCCGGCAGCAAGGCAAGGGCUCCAUCCUGAUGUGGCGCUACCUGCAGUACCUGCGCUGCCUGCCCUAUGUGCGCUGCGCCGUGCUCAUGUGCGAAGACUUCCUGGUCCCUUUCUACCAGAAGUCAGGAUUUAAAGUUCAGGGCCCCAGCGACAUCACCGUGGGGCCCCUGACCUUCAUUGAGAUGAUGUACCCUGUCCGGGGCCACGCGUACAUGCGCCGCAACAGUGGUGUUUGA